AUGACAUUUUCCUCGGAUUCCCCAUCCUUAAAACCUGUUGUUGUUGAAUAUCAGGGACUUAACUACCUUGCUAUGCUCAUGUUCACGGUGUUGAUUUACGAUUACGGUCAGUCAACAUAUGCUGCAUUGACCUGGGUUGUGAUGCCUUUUAACCUAGUUCUCAACCUGGACCAAGAGGUACUGCUGAUAUGGGUGAGAGAUUGGUUCUCUUCUACAUCGAACGUACAAUACAAAAUAUCCCCUAUGACGUAUUGUUAUUUCUUGUUUAUGUGGCCCCCAUCGUUCUGUCAGAUGAAGCGUAAGUGUGCUCACGGUUAUGUCAUUUUUGGUCAUGAUUCUGAGCUGCCAGAUGUCAAACCGAUUGGUGCAGUUCUGUUAAAUAUAUCGCUUGCUAUCAUCGGGUCUCUCCCGCCGGAUGCCUAUGAUUACCAAGAGGGAAGGUUACUUGGAACACGGGAAUGUGUUUCUUCUGCUUCGAACAAAUCUUCCUGGAUUUUCUAUAUCCUCGCGAGUGGAAGUAUUUUGGUGCAUAUGAGAGAGAAUGGAGCGACAAGUUCCCCACCAGAGCUGAUGAAAGUGAUAAAGAUGUUGAUCGGUCAAGGUUUGAUGUACUUUGUUCUGCAAGGAACCCUUGUAACAUUCACGCAAAUUACUCAGGAUAUUCACCGAUCAGGCUCUGUCCAUGAUAAGUUCCUUACCAAAGUUCACUACUACUGUAAGGAGCACAAAGAUGACUAUGAAGUGGCGUGGAGAUCUUACUAA